AUGGUCAACACAUUUCUCGAGCUCGAGCCGUUGGCUGUCCGGGCCUUGCAAUCCGAUUCCAGACUUCCGAGGGUCUACCCGGUCGGCCCGAUACUAAAGCCCGGCGGCCCGGAGGGCCGGGAGGUCGUCGAGUGGCUCGACCGACAGCCGGAUGGUUCUGUGUACGCGGAGCAGCAGGUGAACGCGUUUUUGCUCGUGAGGGAGCUGGGAUUGGCUGAGGCUGUGAGGAUAGAGUACUCGACAGAUUUUAGAGGGGACCGACCGCCGGAGAUAGUGGCAGCCCCAGAGAUAGAGGCAGCGGUGAGGCGGCUAAUGGGCGGCGGUGGUGGGGUUGUUAGAGAGAAGGUGAAGGAGCUGAAGAUGAAGAGUAGGGAAGCUAUGGAGGAAAGUAAGUCUGCUUAUGAGGCUCAGAAAAGUUUCAUUGAGGAUGUUAUUAGGAAUGUGGGUGGUUAG